CGUUUUGUGCCGCGGAAGCAUCACGUGGGAUUGGAUUGUACUAUGAUCACGCACGUAGGCCGGUAACUUCCUUUUACAUCGUCGCAGCCAGGGAGCACGUAUCCGAAAAUGGCGUUGUCAGCUGCACGUCCUCUGAUAAGUGUGUACAAUGAAAAGGGUGAGGCAACAGGAUCAACCAUCACCCUCCCUGCAGUCUUCAGGGCCCCGAUCCGACCUGACAUCGUCAACUUUGUGCACUUUGAGAUGCUGAAAAAUACACGCCAGCCCUAUGCAGUGUCAACUAAAGCUGGUCACCAAACUUCAGCAGAGUCUUGGGGUACAGGUCGUGCUGUGGCUCGUAUCCCCCGUGUUCGAGGUGGUGGAACCCACAGAUCUGGUCAGGGUGCUUUUGGAAACAUGUGCCGUGGAGGCCGUAUGUUUGCUCCCACUAAGACAUGGCGCCGUUGGCACAGAAAGAUAAAUGUCAACCAGCGUCGUUAUGCCAUCACUUCAGCCAUUGCAGCUACCGGCGUUCCUGCUCUUGUUAUGUCAAAGGGUCACCGCAUUGAGGAAAUCCCAGAAGUGCCUCUUGUGGUGAGUGAUAAGGCAGAGGAGCUCAAGCGCACCAAAGAAGCAGUUGCUCUGCUCAAGCGUUUGAAGGCCUGGAGAGACAUUGAAAAGGUGUAUGCCAGCAAGCGCUUCAGAGCUGGCAAAGGUAAAAUGAGAAAUCGUCGCAGAAUUCAGCGUCGUGGUCCUCUCAUUAUUUACAACACUGACAGCGGCAUCACGAAAGCUUUCAGAAACAUUCCAGGCAUUACAUUGAUCAAGGUUGAUCGUCUCAACCUGCUGAAGAUUGCACCUGGUGGUCAUGUGGGUCGUUUCUGUAUUUGGACUCAGUCUGCCUUUAGUCGUUUGGAUAAGAUUUAUGGCACCUGGAAGAAGGCUUCUCAAGAAAAGACUGGAUACAACCUUCCAAUGCACAAGAUGUCCAAUACAGACUUGAGCCGUCUGCUGAAGAGUCGGGAAUUGCAAGCUGCCCUUAGAGCACCAAAGAAAGAAGUACAGAGGCGAAUAUUGAAAAAGAAUCCUUUAAAAAAUAAAAGAGUGAUGAUUCGACUUAAUCCUUAUUCUGCCGCUGCCAAAGCAUCUGCAAAAAGUAUUGAACUAAGGAGAAAGAGGAGGAAGGAAGAACUGCUCAAUAAAAAGCGAGGGAUUACAACACCUGUUCCGCUGGUUCCCAGAGGAAAGGCUUCAGCUGCCAAAGCUGCAAGGAUUGCUAAAGCCAAGAAAGGAGACAAAAAAGAAAAGAAAGAGAAGAAAUCUCGUCCAGCAAAGAAAUAAACACCAUAGCAGAUCAAUCUGCUUUGUUCAUUUGCUGAAUUAAAAGAAUGGACUUUUGAAAUUUG